CUAUAAAUAUGUGCAGUGGCUGCCACUGACAGCAGUUAUCACUUAUUCUCACUUCAACUCCUAAUCCUAGGGAAAUCCUAAGACAUUGAAAAUCUUCAAAAGAAAAACACAGAAUUUGGAAGAUGGCAGAAGGGAAAGAAGUCCAAAUUCCAAAGGUGAAACUGGGCAAUCAAGGCUUUGAGGUCUCAAAGCUGGGGUUUGGAUGUAUGUCCCUGACUGGAGCCUACAAUUCUCCUAUCCCUGAGGAGGACGGGAUCUCAAUAAUAAAGUACGCUUUCAGUAAGGGUAUCACUUUCUUUGAUACAUCUGACGCUUAUGGACCCCAUUCUAAUGAAAUUCUGCUGGGAAAGGCCUUGAAGCAGUUGCCAAGAGAGAAAAUUCAGAUAGCCACCAAAUUUGGCAUUGAAAAAGUAGGAUUUCCUCACAUGCAAGUUAACGGUAGCCCUGAGUAUGUUCGCUCAUGCUGUGAGGCUAGCUUGAAGCGUCUUGAUGUGCAAUACAUUGAUCUGUAUUAUCAACAUCGGGUAGACACAAAAGUACCCAUAGAAGACACUGUUGGUGAACUUAAGAAACUGGUAAAUGAGGGAAAAGUCAAGUAUAUUGGUCUAUCUGAAGCCAGCCCUGAUACAAUAAGGAGGGCACAUGCUGUGCAUCCCAUCACAGCUGUACAAAUGGAGUGGUCUAUCUGGACUCGUGAUAUUGAGGACGAGAUAAUUCCACUAUGCAGGGAGCUUGGCAUUGGAAUAGUUCCAUAUAGUCCUCUUGGCCGUGGUUUUUUUGCUGGCAAAGGAGUUGUGGAAAAUUUGGAUGCAAAUAGCUCCUUGGCGUUGCACCCUCGUUUCCAAGGAGAAAAUUUGGACAAGAACAAGACCAUUUAUAGUCGCAUUGAAAACCUUGCUAGAAAGCACCAAUGCUCUCCUGCUCAGCUAGCUCUUGCAUGGGUUUUCAAACAGGGACAAGACGUUGCACCCAUACCUGGGACAAGUAAGAUCAAGAACCUGGAAAACAAUAUCGGCUCUUUGAACGUGAAACUUACAGAAGAAGACCUGAAGGAGAUAUCAGAUGCUGUACCAAUCAAAGAUGUGGCAGGUGGAAGAAGCUAUCAAAACAUGGAUCAUUUUCAAUGGAAGUUCGCUAACACUCCUCCUAAAAAUUAAUUAUCUCCACUAUGGAGCUGUCCAUUUCACUUGGAUAAUGCUAUGUUUUUGUGAAGUGAAUGGCUAGAUUUAUGUUAAUAACUAGCUGUGUAUUCACUCAGCAGAUUAGGAACACUAUUAUGUCUUUCUCAAAAAAGAAAAAGAAAAAGGAACACUAUCAUGUAAACUUUUUGAGAAUAAUACCAACGUGGUUGCUUUAUGUCACGCUCUAUUGGAUGUUUUGAUAGUUUGUUCCUCA